ACCCCUUCCGGGUCUUCUCUCCCAGACCUACACGCACUUAUUGAACACGUAUUAGCCGUAUAACCCCGGGUUAAAGGAGUGAGGGGUGCGGCAAUGAAGAGGAGACAGCACCUCAAGUUGUCGCUUGAUGAGCUCAGGUCCCUUGAUGUCCAAGGGCGGCGUACAGGUGUCCUACAGAGUGACAAGUAUUUCCAUGGCGGAAACAGCAGCAACAGUGCUUAGACUAGUGCUUCUUAGAGCUGAACCAAAGACCACAAUUCAAAUGGGAAGCUUUGUCUAUCAUAGUCUCUUCAUUGAUGGGAUCAUUUACCUAUGUGCCUCAGACAAUGCAUUGGAUAUUGUAACACCAUCUGCAUUUCUUAAAAAUGUUAGUGAUAUUUUUCUGAAAAAUCCUUUGAUGUCACAAGAACAUUUUUCUCCUUCAAAUGCCAUUGCUGCCGAUUUUCAGCAAGUAUUAGGAAAGUAUAUGAUGAAAUACAAUAAAAAUCAAGGUGACAGCUCGAUAUCCACACUGAGGAGUCAAGUAACUGAUGUAAAAAUUAUUAUGACCCAAAAUAUUGAUAAAAUAUUGGAAAGCGAAGAAAGAUUGAAUAGCUUCACUGACAGAACAGAUAAUCUCCAAACAACUGCCAAAGACUCCCAAGAAACAAGAAAGAUUCUUAGGAAGAUAUGGUGGCAACACCUCAAAAAGAUUAUAAUCAUCACCGUGGCAAUUCUCCUUUCAAUCAUCAUCAUUCUUUUAAGUACAAAUAUAAUACCAACCUGACCCUUUUUCUCUCCAUCCCCAAUAGGUACCAAUAAAGUGUUACAUGUAAUUACAGA